AUGCCACUAUUUAGGAACGAACACAACAAAUCUUCAAAGAAGCACAAAUUCAAACCGCGAAUUCUAAAUUUGAAGUCACUUUACAACAAAGCAUUCGGUCGUCAAACAUGUGUACUUGCACCUUCUCGUCCCGCUUCGGGGUGCUAUCAAUCUACCACUCGAUUAAUAGCAAGUUCCAACCCACCGCCACCAUUACCUUCUGACAUUCUUUAUUAUAUAUUCUCAAUGAUGGUAGAAAAGAAUCUAAAGACACUCAAUACUUGUAUAUUGGUAAAUAAAUCAUGGUGUGAACAUGCUUUACCCAUCUUCUGGAGAGAGCCAUUUAGAGGAGGAGAACCGAUUUGUGUAUCUGUAGUUGACAAUUAUAUUGGAUGUUUGUCUAACGAGGAAAGGGAUGCAUUAGAGGAAUGUGGGAUACGACUGAGAAACUACAAGGGAAGGUCAUCGUGUAUUAAUUAUGCACAGUAUUUGAGAUUCUUGAGUAUGGCUGACUUGUAUACCGUUGUAAGAGCUUGGACAGAUCGAACGCAAAUUAGAAGAUCUCGCAGACACAGCCGCAAUACGUACUCCACAUACACACUUGCUCUUAACCUUGGUCAAAUGUUAUGCAAACUCUUUCUAAGCGAUCGAGCGAACAUUUUAUCGCUUUCCCUUGAUUGGGGCCGUGGAUAUCCAUCUUGGCUAUAUGCUGGCGGAUUAACGCCCAACCUUACGCGUCUUCGUAAACUUUCCAUACACCACAUUAACGAAUGGUCAAUAUUCUCGCACUUGGCCAGUUAUGCGGUAAAUAUCCAGGAUCUUGAGAUUCUUGAUUAUUCAUUGUCAUCUCCUUCACUACAUAAUGAAGAAGUUAGCCUCGCCAAGUUUAUUGAAUGCCAAAAUAGAUUGACUAGAUUCAAAUUGUUUGGAUAUGGGACACAUCCAACAAUGAUUCCGUGGUCAUUGAGGAGUCAGGCAAAGACGUUGAAAUCAGUGGAGAUUAUUCAUAUAAAUUUUAUUUCCGAUGAAAAGAAAGGGCCGUCGUUGGAAGGAUUAGCUGACUGUGUAUGUUUAGAAGAGUUAUGCAUACGAUUCUGCACGGAUGCCAAGAGAGAUCACUUGCUGCCCUUGCAUGGAGCAGUCUUUCCUUAUUUGAAGAAACUACACUUUGUUGAGUCCACUGUUGCGUGGGAAGAGUUGAUGAUAUCAUUAAUUAUAACAAAUGCGAAUACUUUAGAGGAAAUAUUAUUCAAACCAAAGGCGGGUUCAGUUAUUGAAACGAAUGAGCCAAGUGUUUUUGGUACUGUUGUACGAUACUGUCCAAAUAUUCUUGUGCUUGCUGCUCCAAUGACCAAGAAUCAACUUCCGUAUCUGUAUCAAUUACUGCGUUAUUCAUCCUGUCGUCUAACGAGUCUAAGUCUGUUCGCUCCAGACCGUAGUAAACGAUGCAGCAAUCACGACUUUACAACUGAGCUAGGUGCACUGCUACCAAAGACAUUGAAACAUUUAAAUUUGUGUAUAUGUAUAGGUAUUAAAGCAAUGCAAGUGUUUCUCAAGGAAGCACCAAAGAGUUUAGAGACUCUGUAUGUUGAGGGAUGGACUUCUUUUAAUCCAGUACAGAGACGAGUGGCAGAGGAGUAUUUAGCAGGAAGUAACCGAAAAGAAAAUGCUAUCCAGUUUCUGAAAUAUACUAUUUGA